AAAUGAAAAUCACAUGAUACCGUUUGUGCAUGCGGGAAUGUACAUGCAGGUACGGGAUAUACAGGUACGGUACGCAAAUCCUGCCUGCAGUGUGUACUAUACUUUUUGCAAACUUUUGAGACUCUUUGGAACCGAAAAGGAUUAAUUUCAGUCCAAUUAAUUCCGCUAUGCGGACACUCAGAAUUUGUGCCGGCCUACUAUCAAUUAAUACUCGGUAGAUAUUACUGUUUGCAGGCAGACUUUUACGGAAUUUCACUUUCAUAUCUGUUAAAACGUGAAGAUUAAAGCCGGCGAAGUUUUCAAGUGAAAAUUUUCAGCAGUCAGCGUUGACCACUCAGCACAGGUCGGGGAUUCCACAGGUCAGCACGACAGCAGCAGACGAUUGUUCGUACGGGUGCUGGACUUCAUUUCAAAGCAUGUCGGCAACAGGAGAGAAGCGGGAACACCUAUACAAGGUCUUGGUCAUAGGGGACCUUGGCGUGGGUAAGACCAGCGUCAUCAAGAGAUACGUACACCAAUUCUUCUCACAACACUACAGGGCGACCAUUGGUGUUGAUUUUGCUCUGAAAGUCAUCAACUGGGAUGCAGACACGCUCAUACGUCUGCAGUUAUGGGAUAUUGCUGGUCAGGAAAGAUUCGGCAACAUGACGCGGGUGUAUUACAAGGAGGCGGUCGGCGCGUUCAUCGUCUUUGACGUGACGAGAGUCUCGACGUUCGAGGCCGUCGCGAAAUGGAAACACGACCUUGACAGCAAAGUGCAGCUCGCCAACGGCAACAAUAUACCAGUAGUGCUACUAGCCAAUAAGUGUGACCAAGCCAAGGAAGGGUUAGUCAACAACAGUGCCCAGAUGGACGAGUACUGCAAAGACAAAGGCUUCAUCGGUUGGUACGAGACCUCGGCCAAAGAGAACAUCAACAUCGACGAGAGUGCCAGAUUCCUUGUCACCUCGAUCCUAGCAAACGACAAAUCAAUCAGCCACGAUGACAGAGAUGGUGACGCUGACAAGUUGACGUUAGAUCCAACCCAGGAAGGAGGAAAUGAAGGCAAAGGGUCAUGUUGCUGACGGCCACGCCUCCUUUGCCACGCCCUCCUUAAGCUCCUCCCACCGCCCUCCCCCCUUCAGGUGCCUCCAUUAUCCCCACCCACCAUCAGGUACCAAUCACCCUUAGCCCCACCCACUUCCCACAGAGGCACUCACAUCAUGCAGGAAUGUAAGCAAUUUUUACUGAAGGUCAUUUGUCAAAGUUGUAGCCACACCCCCUUUGCUAAGCCCCUCCUUAAGCCCCUCCACUAUCAGGUACCAGUCACUAUUAGCCCCGCCCACUUCCCUCAGAGGCACUCACAAAAUGCAGGAUUUUAAACUUGUUUGAUAUGAAGGCACUUUGUUAAAGUGAUGGCCCCGCCCCCUUUACCAAGCCCCUCCUUAAGCCCUUCCCAUUAUCUGGUGGCAAUCACCCCUAGCCCCUCCCACUUCCCACAGAGGCACUCACAAAAUGCAGGAAUGUAAGCAGUUUUUACUGAAGGUCAUAUUUCAAAGUUGUUGCCACACCCCCUUUGCUAAGCCCCUCCUUAAGCCCUCCACUAUCAUGUACCAAUCACCAUUAGCCCCGCCCACUUCCCUCAGAGGCACUCACAAAAUGCAGGAUUUUAAACUGUUUUGAUAUGAAGGCACUUUGUUAAAGUGAUGGCCCCGCCCCCUUUGCCAAGCCCCUCCUUAAGCCCCUCCCAUUAUCUGGUGGCAAUCACCCCUAGCCCCUCCCACUUCCCACAGAGGAGACACAAAAUGCAGGACUGUAAAGAUUUCAUGCUGAAAGUCACUGUGCCAAAGUUACAAAACCCCUGCAUGUGGCGCUCCUCCCAAAAGCUAUGCAAAUUAGAUGAUUUACAUAAAUGUGUUAUGUAUGCACGGUCUUUCAUACAUGUAUGAGUUUGCAUACAGCAUGCCUCUAGUAUCCUGAAAUCUGUGGUAUUUUACUGCGAUAUAAUUAUUCACCUAGCGUAAGUUAGUUGUUUUUAACUUUUAAAUGUGUUGUACCCGACCGGUAGGACAAAAAUCAAAAGCUUCAAACUUUCAAAAGGCAUCUGUUAUUAAAAUGAAAAGAUCCUUGUUUACGAUUGAAAGGAAAAUUGGCAAAAACUACAGCAACUUUGUAGAAACACACUGUCUUUUUUUAUCUCUCUAUAUUGUAAUUGACUUGGGUGUGUGUUUUUACAGGUGUUAGUACACAAACAGUUGAACAAACUAGAUUCUUUAGAAAAACAAGCCAGAUUUAGCUGUUGAAGGUGUAGCUUUAUGGGCAAAGUUAGUUUGCAUAGUGAAUUUUGUUUUAUGAAAUAUCCAUAAUUUCCAUUUUUUUGUUUGUAAAAAAAACAAACAAAAAAUCACAUUAUUUGUAAAAUGGGAGUCAUUCUCCAAAAAUAGCCAAGGCAUGUAUGAUAUAAACAAAAAAAAUAACUAAAAUAUGUAAAUGCAAUUCUAUGGACUGAAGAAUUAAAGUAAUAUACAAGUAAUGUUUUAUUUUGGUAAGCACAUGUACAUGAAUCAUGUAAAUAUUUGUUUUGCAUGAAUGUAUCAAGCAAGUGAAUGAAAUUCAAAUUUUGUUACGUGUGCGUCAUGUUUUGCAUGCCAUAAUGUAAAUUCCCAUUCACUCUUAAUAAGUUAAGAAAAAUAGCUUGCUGUUGCUGUAUUGUACAGAUUGUCCCACAAAAAGAAAAACAGUCAAAUCGGGCAUGAUUUCAGAAAAGUGGGGGUUGUAUUCAAAAUCGUGUCUAAUGUAUUGCCGAGUAGAAUAUCUGGUUUUGCAAAUGCUUUUUAGUUGGUUUCAUUAGGAUGUUUUGUUCAAAAGAUACAGCAAUCACAAUAAGGACUUGGAAAACUUGGGCCACUUUGUUUAUUUAUAUCUCCUGGUCUUCCAAAAAAAACUCUUUGUGCAAAUGGUAACGUAAUAAGCUGCACUAACACUUUUGACCCAUCCUUUGUGUGUUUCUCUAACUGCGCUUUCUCAUUUUCAAGGAAAGUGGCCCAAGACGAUUUUCAACCCCUGAGUUCGAUGAAGCAUUGCGUUUCUUUCCAAUGCAUCGAUUUGAAUGAAAUAAAAUUUGUAUGGUAGAUUGGUUUAAGAGGUAAUUUAAAAAUAUACCAAAACUCACAUGCAGUACACCUUUAUUAAAUUGGUUUUCGACUGUUAAGUUCUUUGUGGGACAAGCUGUAUGCACUGCAUAUUUUGGCAGCCAUAUUGGGAGGCCCAAAAUGUGACUCACGAUGGCUUCACUUUGUGCAUGGCUUUGGGCACUUGCACUAUGUUGUUAAUACUUGUAUACGCAAAUCACUGGGAAUGCGGACUUUCUACAUGGUGCUUAAAUUUUGCUUCCGCUUUGCAUUUUGUCAAUGUUAAAUGUUGUGGAGUUCUUUGACGAUUUGUAAAAAUAUCCUUGUCAAUUAUACUAAAGAUUAAGAUGACUAUUUUGUUUUUUUAAUAUACAAUAUUUCCAUUAUUAGGAGUGCAUGAAAUGUGGAGCAAAAUCCACAGAAUUUACAACUUAUUAUGUAUAAUUCUUAGUGAUAUUUUCAGUGUAUGAAGGAGUUGGAUGGCAAACAAACUGGUCAAUUUUAUGACAAAAAAAAUCAUCUGCUUACUCCCCCCCCCCCCCACCCCCCAAAUUAACAUUUUUAAUAACUUGGUUUGGACUUUUGAAAUAUAAACCAUAUAUCUUAUAUAAGUUAAAGAAAAAACAAAUGCAUUUUAAAAGGCAUAAGUAAACUGGGUGAAAAACAAUUAAUACUAAUCCAUAAUUGAAUAUGCCUCCUGGGAUAGGAAGAGCCAAAGCUAUGACUGCCAGUGACCAAUCAGAAUGGACUCUUUAAUAAUGACAUCCAAUCGCAUGAGUCCUACUUUGUCUGCUCUUCUAAUCCCAGGGUGGUUGAAUGUUGUUUGUCAUCCAUAGCCUUAAAAUUUUUAACACGAAAUAAUUGCAUGAAAAUCUGGGAGCAGGACUUUGAAAGUGGGGCAGUAUGUUUAUCACAUUUAUCUGAUUUUUAAGUUUAAAGGGAAUCGAACCUCCGACCUAAAUUUAAUCUCUGCUCUUCAACUGUGUUCCUGGUUCAUUAACAACUCUACAGCAUUGUGGUUUUACAAUUUAAAAGUGUUAAAAUUUGAUGUCAUUUUGUAUUGUGAAUAUCAUUUGUAAUAGAUUAUUUUGAUAAAUCUCAAAGAUGUAUAAUUUUUUUCAUUUUGGCUGUAAACUUAUAUUUAUGUUUAUCUUCAUAAUCAAGAAAUUUGUUUGAAAAACAUCUCGCAAUGAAAAAACAUGAUAAAUUUUGUUAAUAUUUCCAAAUCCAAACGGGCCAGGAGAAAAGACAUUUUGUCAAGAGAUCUCUUGAUUGAGGUUUAUUUAUUGUCCAAUCAUGUGACAUUUCAGAAGUGUUUGAGAUUUCAAAGGCAUGUUUAAAAAAAAAAGAAUAUGGAAAUGAUCUUAGAAUUCAGACUUGAAGUAUUCAAAAAUUAAUUUAGUCUUUCAAUAGUGGAUUACAAUCGGAUAUUGAUUUUCGUUCAUGCGUAAAUUUCUUUGAGGGAAUAUGGUUGUUUGUGAAGAUGAUCUUUUGUAGAAACAAUUUCAAAACACAAACAUGUUUAAUAUUUUUCAUCAUUUUAGAUUUUUUUGUGACAACCCCCCCCCCCCCGAAAAAAAACACGACCAACACUACAUUCCCAUAAUUACCAGUGAAACCCAAUGCAAAAUCAAAUUUAAAAAUGUAUUUUUCAAAAUCUUUAUUAAUAGUUGCUAAUGACGACACUAAACUGUAAAAUAAUCAUGGUCAAUAAAAGGGAAACUAAUUAAAAUAAGACAAUAUGGUUUUAUUUGCAUUUCGACUUUUAACACUUUAACAAACAAUAAAACGUACGUUACU